AUGGUGUUUGGGGAAGCCCUCACUGUUCCAGGGGAGUUCUUCCCGAGUCUAGAUACCCCUACAGAUUCUGAGCACCUCACCAAACUACGCCAUGCUGUUGAGAAGUACCGACCAUGCACUCAGACGCACUCAACAUCUCCUCCACAAUACCUUCCCAAGCUGAUCCACAGCUGCAAAUAUGUAUUCGUAAGAAAUGACGCUCACGGGUCACCCCUCACCCGCCCGUACCGCGGGCCAUAUGCUGUCUUGGAGCGUAACCCCAAGGCAUACCGUCUCAGCAUUGGUGGGAAGAGCGACUGGGUAUCCAUUGACCGCUUAAAGCCUGCAUACCUGGAAGAAAAGGAACCUACACCAACCACGCCUCUGGCCGAUAACCCAGCUCACACUGUACCUCCUUCAAAUGCACCUGCCCAUGUCUCACAUCCUGAAGAUAAACCCUUUCAAAUCUCCUCGCGUUCUGGUCGACUAAUUCGCCAACCCAACCGACUCGACCUCUAA